AUGGAAUCUAAACAGAAAUAUAUUUCGUCCAUUAAAUAAUUUCUUUCGUGAUAUUUCUACAUAUUGCGAAUAUUCUGUCUAUUCUAGCACCCUCAGACUUCCCACAAAUGGAUAUAAAUACUAUCGACAUUUCUCCGUUUUCACGAAACUCGUCCACAUUCGAUCCUCGAUCAAGCAAACAGACCCAGGAAUUCCUCGGAGAGAACCGAUCAUCGUCGACAAACCAUUUCAAACGCAGACACACCCACGUGUUGACCACCCUUAACGUUUCGUUCGAGGAAGAAGUGAGAAUUGGUGAGGGUCUAUUGACACUGGGUAUCGUUCUAGGUAUACGCCGAGCAAAAAGAAAGAAACAGGAGGGAAAGAGUGUACGAAAAUACCGUUACCGUUUACAAAGAAAAUCUUUCCAGGAAGAUGCUAUUGUAAGAUUUUCGACCGAACCUUUGAAUCCUGUAUACACUGGAAAAAGAAGGAAAGAAGCGAAGAAACGACGAAAAUGCUGUAAGAGGUAUAUACGUAUCGAGUAGAUAAAAAUAUCAAGGGCAGAAGGUCAGGGAAUUGAAAAGAAACAACUUUUUUACGUAUUAGGAAAAGUUAGGAUUAAUCUUUAAUCUUUAAAUAAAUGAAUCUGUUGCGUGAACUAAUUUAUGCUUGCUGGAAGAUAUAAUUACCGAUUGGUGAAUAAAUAAAUUUGAAGAAACGGAAAUCUUUUUUCUCCGUUUUUCCUAACCUUAUCAAAGACAAUGACCUAUAGUUCAUGUGCUUACUAACGAUGUCUUACUAACGUUAAUCUACUCCAUCUUGCUUCUACCAUUAACACGACCACAGUCACAUAAAAAGUCUCUACAAAAACGGCUUCAAGACCUUCGGACAUUUUUCUAUAUUAAUUUCUUUCUCACAAGGAAAACAGCCACUUGAAGCUUCGUAUAACACUACGAAUUUCAAAUCUGAGAAAAUAUUCAUACUAACC